GUCUCAGCGACCGUUUGGUAUGACGACGAGCUCGUUCGACCUCGACCAAGAGACACGAUGCACACCCUCCAACGCAGAGAGCGAAGGGAGUCCACCCAAGGGAGCACCGACGAGGCGGUUUAAAAAUUUGACAUUGACGAAGUCACCGUUAAGGUGUUUGACUAUGCUUGCGAAUUCCUCGCGGGAGUCGUCGGAGGGAUCUGGAUUACUCCGCUCGCUACAGUGGCUUUAGAGCUCCAAACAUUCCGCACCGGAUGCGCGGCGCUCAUCAUGGGAGCGAUCGAAGCACUGCUCCUAGAAGCCGGGCCGGCCGGCGUGCUAGCCCUCCCCGCGAUUGGCUGGGCGUCGAAUCUCAUCUGCGGGAUCCUUAUCAAGCAGGCUUUUCUUACCGUGGUUCCGGAUGCGAGGCAGACGUACAACAGCGCGAGAAGACAAUUCUGCCACAAGGCUAACUGCCUCGUCUUUGCCGACACGCUGUCCGACCACGAACAUUGCGGACAUUGCGACAAUCCUUGCGGAUCUGGCGAUGUCUGCAUCAACGGCGCCUGCUCGAGCCAGUACUGCAGCGGCUCCAACUCGGCUCUCUUUCGCUGCGGCUACGGCGACAACUACGACACGUGCACUUGUGCGAACACCUUCUAUGGCAGCGGACUGUGCGCCGAGUACACGACUUCUUGCGUCGACUCAAUCACUGACAGCUGCGAUUCAAGCGACGACUGCGACCCUGGCUUCAUAUGUGGUCUUAUGCCGGGCUGCGAAGCGCAGACGUGCUUAAAUGUCGCCGCCUGCGCUAGUUCCGAACGCCCGCCCGAUCAAACAGAAAUGCUUCCUCCUGAGCAACCGACCGACUGGUGGACUUUCCAACUAAAGGCCCAAGACGGCCGGGCCUACGUUCAGAGCCCCGGGUCUACGUUCAGAGCCCCGGGUCCCUGUACAACCUCAAUCCCUCCAAUCUCGUGGGCGAUGCAGAAACCGGCAUCGAAGUCAACACAGCCUGCAUCAAAGUCAGUGACACGCUCUCCAGCGUCGUGGGCUCGUACUUGAAUAAGAAUGACGCGUUCUAUUUCGGAUGGGAUCCUGAAGGCGAGACGUAUCCCGAUAAAGAUAGUUGCUGCAUCCAGGUGUUCGGUUAUGAUGAGUGUGCUAUCGAGGCUGAGGCGGAGGACUAUGAGACUUAUUGCCAGGUGAGAGGCGGGACGUGGCAGUUUCCAUUUGAUGUUGUGGCAUGGCAGGUUACGAAUUGCGUGGCUAUGUUUAAGGCGGCGGGUUGAGGUUGGAGGGUAGACUGAUUGCUGGACCGUAGGUAUUGCCGCUGAGCGACCUAUCAAAG